AUGGCGACAAUACUUAUUGGCGCGUGUAUCGCUGGUCUUGUUACCCGGACCGCCGCCCUCAACUUUACCAUUUCCAAUGGUCAAAUCUUUACUCCUGGCUUCGCCAUACUCGACUCUCCACAGCCAGGUACACCUAUGGGUGGUGACACCAUUGAGGUAGCGCUCGAUGUUUCUGCAGAUGGAAAAUUGAAUUUGCCCCCAUACGGCGAUGACAGCCCCAGUCAGAUUUUCAACAUCACGAUCUUCCUAUACAGCUACGAGACAGGACGAAACUUUACCAUCACAAAUGGCACAGCGUCGGCAAACAAUGCUAGCCUUGGUGAUAUCAUGCUCUCCGAAUCCGGUAGCACGGUGAAACAUGUCAAGUGGCAAUGGCCAGACUGUCUGGUCGGCAACGGUCAGCCAACCUCUUCGGAUAGCGAUCGUGGUGUCUACAAUAUCUCGAUUCGCCAAAACUUCCGUCUCAACGGCGACGAUCACUAUACCAUCUUUGACGUGCCCAUCAACGUCACCAACAGCAUCGAGGACUCGAGCGAUAGGCCGUCUUGCGAUGCACUGGAUAAUCCGCUCCUCAGCUAUGACGAGAUCAACGCGACGGCAGCCAAUAGCGUAGGCAUUCUGUUCGCCCCGGGCGACGCGACGCAAGUCGAGCAGUCGGGAUCCGGCUCCGGCUCUUCGGGUUCCACGGGCGGGCUAGGUGCAGCUGCGACGAUACACUGGAGCGGCGCGGCCGUUUCUCUGGCUUUGCUGUCUCUCUCAGCUGUAUUCUUUAUUUAG